CUAUAUUAUCGGCGUCUGCAGAGUCUCUCUACCUCUAUUCUGCGGUUAAAAAUGAAGAUGGCUGAUGGAUCAACGAUUUUGCGAAGAAAUAGACCCGGAACUAAAGCAAAGGAUUUUUGCCGAUGGCCUGAUGAGCCCUUUGAAGAAAUGGACAGCACUUUGGCUGUCCAACAAUAUAUUCAACAGUUAAUUCGUAGAGAUCCAUCAAAUAUUGAUUUAAUUUUGAAAAUGCCAGACUCACAGGAUGAAGGUGUUUGGAAAUAUGAACAUUUGAGGCAAUUCUGUAUGGAACUAAACGGGCUAGCCGUUCAACUGCAGGGUGAAUGUCAUCCUGAGACAUGUACACAAAUGACUGCUACAGAACAAUGGAUAUUUUUGUGUGCUGCCCACAAAACCCCAAAGGAAUGUCCAGCAAUAGAUUACACUAGGCACACUUUGGAUGGAGCUGCCUGCCUUCUAAAUAGUAACAAAUACUUUCCUAGCAGGGUUAGUAUAAAAGAGUCAUCCGUUGCAAAGUUGGGAUCGGUAUGUCGGAGGGUAUAUCGCAUAUUCUCUCACGCAUACUUCCAUCAUCGUUCCAUCUUUGAUGAAUUUGAAAAUGACACGUGUUUGUGUAAGAGAUUUACUCAGUUUGUGAUGAAGUAUAAUUUAAUGUCGAAAGACAACUUAAUUGUACCAAUAUUAGAAGAUGAAAAUACUCCGGGGGAGUCUGAAGCAUAAGGAUUAGCAACUCUGACUUAUUUGUCUUUCAUUACUAAACUAUGUUCCACGCAUGAUUAGACAAUGUUUUUUUACUUAGUAGGUAUGAACAGAAAUGCGCUUAGAUCUGUAAACAUAAUUUUUUUCGGUAAUUCACAUCUUGUGAAUGGAAGUUUCAAGAAAACUUUUGCAAUACAAUGCAAUGCAAUGGGUGGGGGGCUUGCAAUUUAACUAUUGUGCUACAAACUAUUUUGGUAAUGUCAGUGCUGCAAUUAAUUUUGGAAAAUCUGAUAAUUGGUACUUGUGAUAUACAGGGUGUAUCAAUUUAUUAUAGCAACACUUACGUGAAUAAUACUCUCAAAGUCAAUAAAAGUUAGUGUAAACGUGGGUUCACAAGUCCUUAGUCUUUGACAUACAGGCUGAUAUACUUCAAAUUAUUAAUACUAAUAAUAUAUAAGUAUAAAUAAAAUAAAUAAACAGUACUUCAUAAUAAUAUUCAAAUUAAAAUUUAUCCCAAGUAUAGACAACCACCUUAAUUAUUUAAGAAAAAAAAAGUGGACUUCUUUUUCAAAGUGGCUUAGGAAUAUAAAUUUAAUUUAUUAUGUAUAGGCUUUUAAAUAUAUUAUGACUAAAAACAAACAAUUUUUUAUUGAUAUGUCCUGUCUAUCUACAACCAUAACUUGGAUAUCGAGCCAUUAGACUUUCCAAAAACAAGCAAAUGAUGAUCUUCUUGAAUAUUUCAUUCUAACUUAUUUUAUUGAUUCUAAUAGUUUCAGCUCUCCAACUCCUGCCAUAAAAAAUUGAUGGGCCCUGUAUGUUUCCAUACUACAGUUUUGUUUAACCUUUAAGAUUACUUACUUACACUUACUGAACAUUGUUUUACAAUGAACCAGAGAUGCUAAAAUACUGACAGUAUGUAAGUUGUUCAUAAUAUUUAAUUUGAAAACAGUGGUUGCAUUUAGUAGAUGUAACAGUUAUCAAUUAACUAUUGCUGUCCCUUGAAUGCGUGAAUGCGCCCAGUCUGCAUAAAGUUUGCUUUUGUAACUUAUAAAAGUUGGCAGCAGCUAGUGACAAUUAGAAUUUACUCUAAUUUGCAUUAAUUAUACAAUUUUAGUAAAAGUUAAAUACAUUAAUAAGCUUUUCAUUUGACAAAAUAAUAUAGAGGAAUUUUAAAUUUCAAUUUUACAAUAACCCUUCUAUUGAAUGGUCUGCAUUAUGAUAUAUUGGACAAAAUCCAUUAGUCACAGUGACUUAUAAUUGAAGUAAACUUAUCCUGAUUAAUUCAUUGAUUAUCAAGAUCACAAACGAUCAUCAGUGUAAAAUAAUGUAUUAUUCAAAUUAUUCUUGAAUAUAUAGUUAAUAUAGGCGUAGUUUCAGGUAAAGCGACAAUGUAUAGAAAUGUAUUUUAUGUUGCGUAUAUUACAUUUAUGUAUAGUAUAGUCAUUAUGUUACCAACUCAAGUUGAUGACAUGAAAUGUAUGCGAAUAUUUUUGUAAAAGUUUAGUUUACAUAUUUGUAUAUUUUUCUGAACUUAUAAUCACGAUAGAUCCUUGAUAUAUAUUUUAUGUAUUUAUAAAAACUUUAUUUAUCGCACAUUGAGAGAAACUUUGGAUAAAAAAUAUGUUAACACAUCUUUAAUUUUCUUUUUCUAUUUUUACAUGAACUAAUACGAUCCCUCUUCCAAAAAACCGUUAUUGUAGUGGAACAUCCAAAUUAUUCAAAAGUUUUAAUUUUAUGGCAAAGUUGAAUAAUAAAAACUUUCCCGGCAUU